AUGCCACCUAAACAAGAAAAAGAAACUGUGCUUGUUAGCGGUGCAUCCGGAUUCAUUGCAGAACAUAUUAUUCAUCAGCUGCUAGAAACAAAUAAGUAUAAAAUAAUCGGUAGUGUUAGAACUCAAAAUAAAGCCGAUUUAUUGCACAAAUUAUUUGAAAAUACUCCAGAUUUAUCAUUUGUAAUUGUGCCAGAUCUUUCGUUUCCAAAUGCCUUUGAUGAAGCUUUUAUUAAAAUAGGUGAUCAACUAAAUUACAUCUUUCACACCGCAUCUCCUUUUUUCGUAUUUUCGGAAAAUCCAGAAAAAGAUUUGUUAAUUCCAGCUAUCAAUGGCACCAAAGCUAUCUUGGAAGCCACUGUGAAAUAUGCAUUCAAUGUUAAAAAAGUGAUUAUCACUUCUUCAUAUGCAGCUGUAACGACUCCAGAAAUAGAUGCUACAUCGGGAGAGAUAAUCACAGAGGAAAAUUGGAACCCGAUAACCUUGGGGGAGGGCUUGCAAAAUGGAAUCAAGGGAUAUUUUGCUUCCAAAACUUUUGCAGAAAAGGCUGCCUGGGAUUUCAUAAAAGAAAAUAAUAAAGUAAAAUUCACUUUGACCACCAUUUUGCCAACUCUGGUCUUGGGUGAACAGUUAUUUGAUCAAAAUAUUAUUCCUGGCAAGACAUUAAACACUUCUGCUGAACUAGUAAAUAGACUUGUCCAUUCAAACAUAGAUACACCAAUAGACAAUGAAAUAUAUGGUGCCUACAUUUCAGUACAAGAUGUAGCAAGAAGCCAUCUGGAAGUCUUAUUCAAUAACAAUUUAGAUGGGAAAAGAUUAUUGGUCAGUCAAGGAAGAUACACUUUGCAAACAAUUAUUGAUAUUAUCAAUAUAAAUUUUCCCACAUUGAGGGGGAAAAUUGCUAAAGGUGUUCGCGGAACUGAUACAGCUAAGAUUGCUUCCUUAGCUACUAUUAAUAAUUCUGUAACCAAAGAAUUGUUAGGAUUUAGAUUCAGAAAUUUGGAGAGCAUUAUUAUUGGAACUGUUGCUCAGAUUUUAAAAGUCAUAGGAAAAUGA